ACCCGUUUGUCAAGAAAUUAAAAAUUUUGGGCAUUUAGGGAUUUGAGUUUGCUGAUCUCAGUCCUUUUCCUCACACACUCUCUCCUGCCAUCUCCGUCGCUGCAACGUAGUGAUUCAGGGGUUUUCGUCUCAUCGUCACGCGCGCAGUUUUGUAGCAGUUGCAGUUGAAAUUACUGGGUUGUUCAGUUCGUGAAUAGAUUGUUGCUUGUUGUGAAAACUAGUGGAUAUUGUUAAAAAAAACUACCAAACUGCUUUAAGAGAAAAAUGCAGAAUAAAGCUGUCUUGGAAGAUGGGGAAGGAGAGUCUGUGACUGUUCCAGAGCCUGAAUUUGAUGAGUGGGGAAAUUUUGGGGACGAUGACAUAAUGCAGCAGCAAUUUUCAAUUCAGGCUGAGGAAGCCAAGAAAGUUCCAUUUGUUGGUGACAAGGAACCACUAUGUAGCUUAGCUGCUGAAUAUAAAUCAGGCAGUCCUAUCUUGCUGGAGAAAAUAAAGGUGCUUGAUGAGCAAUAUGCUGCCAUCCGUCGAACUCGAGGAGAUGGAAACUGCUUCUUUCGAAGCUUUAUGUUUUCAUACCUUGAGCAUAUUUUGGCAUGUCAAGACCAAGCAGAAGUUGAUCGUAUCAAAGCCAAUGUUGAAAAAAGUAGAAAAGCACUGCAGACCUUGGGUUAUGCAGACUUGACUUUCGAAGAUUUUUUUGCGUUAUUCCUUGAGCAGCUGGAAUGUGUUAUUCAAGGGAAAGAGACUUCCAUAAGUCAUGAAGAGCUUCUUCUUAGAAGCCGAGAUCAGUCAGUAUCAGAUUAUGUUGUUAUGUUCUUCAGAUUUGUUACUUCUGCUGAAAUACAAAAGCGCACAGAAUUUUUUGAACCUUUCAUACUGGGCUUAACUAAUACAACAGUCGAGCAGUUUUGCAAAUCAUCUGUUGAACCAAUGGGUGAAGAGAGCGACCAUGUGCACAUUACUGCCCUUUCAGAUGCAUUGGGCAUUCCAAUCCGCGUUGUGUACCUUGACCGCAGCUCAUGUGAUACUGGUGGUGUCAGUGUAAAUCAUCACGAUUUCAUGCCAGUGGCGGGUGAUCUCCCAAAUGCUAGUUGUAGCUCUGAAAAGAACGAUCCUUUCAUCACAUUGUUAUAUCGUCCUGGUCACUAUGACAUCCUCUAUCCAAAGUGAUGAUGACCUUGGGGAAAAGACCUUUAGUGACUUUUUUUGUUGUGUGUGGAGCCACAACAGCUCUGCCCUGAGCUAGGUUGUUAAGGACAUGCGUGGUCUGUACUUUGUUAAUGUUGAAUGAUCAAUUGUCUACAAUGAUAUACAUAUUUAGAAGAGAUUGAUCAACAAAGUACGUCAACAUUAUUAAUAAUCAAAACUCAACUUUGCGCCUGGUGCUUUGCAUGUUUUCAUUCUUCC